AAGCUAGCUGUGGGAAGAGCAGGGGAGGUUCAUGUCUCCAGAAGUCAUUAUGCAAUACUGGCCGACUGUAUAAAAGGCCAAAAGCAGACAGAAAACCAGAGGAUCUCUGUGAGCUGCCCACUUCUUUUUGGUAACAAGAAUGCUGCGAUACGUUGUGCCCUUCUGUCUCCUGGCUUUGUCCUGGGCGCAGGACUGCCAGGUGGCCAACCUCCAGGUCAUGCAGAACUUUGACAAGACCAGGUAUGCAGGGACAUGGUAUGCCGUAGGAAAGAAGGACCCAGAGGGUUUGUUCUUACUUGACAACAUCGUGGCCCAGUUUACUAUCGGAGAUGAUGGCAAAAUGACCGCCACUGCGAAGGGCAGAGUCAUCAUCCUCAACAAUUGGGAAAUGUGUGCUGACAUGAUGGCCACCUUUGAGGAAACCCCAGACCCUGCCAAGUUCAGGAUGAAGUACUGGGGAGUUGCUUCCUACCUGCAGACUGGAAAUGAUGACCAUUGGGUCAUUGACACUGACUACGAUAACUACGCCAUCCACUACUCAUGCAGACUACUAGAUGCUGACGGCACCUGCUUAGACAGUUACUCCUUCAUAUUCUCCCGCCAUCCGACUGGCCUGAGGCCACAGGACCAGGUCAUCGUCACCCAGAAGAAAGCGGAGAUCUGCCUGCUGGGCAAAUACAGACGUGUUUCACACACUGGCUUCUGCCAGAACAGCGAAUCCCUUGACACACAGUGACCCUCCUUUUUUGAAGCAGCUACCGCUGGGAGUUUGUGCCCCUCAGGUGGUCUUGGACUCACUCCCAUCAGAGUUUCUCCUUCUUAGUCUCCUCUGUUGUUUCUAUUUAUCUCAACAGAGGAGGUAGCCCAUUUUUCUUUAAAAAUAAACCAAAAAUUAUGAACUAGAAACUGGCAUAUUUACAUGACUAUACUGUGAAUAAAAAGGAAAGAUAACUGUUGAUGCCGGUCUUUCCCAAAAAUCCCCAUUUGUAAAAUAGAUUGUAGGACAUCUAACAUUUAAUCUCAUCAUCUAUGAUGUGUUGGGUUUUUUUGUAUAGGAAGUUAAAAGUAGUGUGGAACAGCCCUGCUCCUGGAAACCAGAUCACUGAAAAACAACGAUCGGAACAUUUCAGGCCAGUGUGACCAAAACAAACAAACCAACAAAAAAAAAAAGUAAAAAAAAAAAAAGUGAAGCUGAACUCUCAGCUAUUACUGCAGCUCUCAACUACAACCACCAUGUUUACUUAAAAAACACAUUCAUAAGUCACUGGCUCUACUUUUACACUGAAGGAUGCAAAGUAUGGUGUUGCACAAAAAUAGAUAUUGUUAAUAAACCUUAAUACAUACAUAUUAAGUCAUGUGCUAUAUUGACAUAGUAGUUUGUUUUUUUCUUGAUUGUAUGAUGUGUACUUCUUGAUCCAGUUUUUAAAAUAAAACAUUCAUAUCA